AUGUAUCAUAAAUUAUACUUGAUUCUGCUCUUAAUUGCAUUCAACAUUGAAGAUUUCGCAAAAUGUGAGCAAGAAUCUUUUAAUUGGGCUAAGGAAAAAAUUGAUGGUUUCCUAAAUGAAAGAAGUUUAGCAACAAGCAUGACUACUUCAUUUUCUUGCAAAAAUGAUUGUAUCGAUAAGGGAUUGAUAUUUUGCCCAACGGUUGAUAGAAAAUCAGGUUACUGUUGUACGGAUUCUGAGCCAUGUACGAGACCAAGCGGAGAUGUUUGUUCAGAUUCUAUGUCAUUAUCGAAUGAAUAUAAGUAUUUCACUUGUAUUCAACAUGCAAACUGCACAGCUGGAGGGUUCAAAAUUACUCCCGACUUGGACCCAAAUGCCUAUAAAACUUUAACUUUCCAAAAUGAUAUACCUACAGGCAAUAUUUGUCCUUAUCUAAUUUCCUUUCCAUCAGGCUCUUAAACUGGAGACUUUAUCACAUUCUAGUUAAAUAAGAAUACAGGAGUAAAGGUUUAUUAUAUCAUUGCAGAUUCAUAUACAAGUAUAAAUGCAAAGAAUGGUGAGGCUUCAAAAGGCUAAAAACUAAUAAUAGAAUAAGGAAAGAAAGCUUAUAUAUCUGUAUUCUCUACGACUGUCUUUACUACUGAUUUUCAUGCCUAUGUCUGGGGUACUAAAGCAGCAGCGACAACUACCACUACAACUACUACUACCACUAAAACAACAACUACUACAACUACAAAACCUACUACUACGACCACAACAACAACUACAACCACCAAAGCUCCAACUACUACUACGACUACAACUACAACUACAAAAGCUCCAACUACUACAACUACUAAGGCUCCAACAACUGCGACAACCACUAAAUAUACUGGAACAUCAACAACUCCAGCUCCUACAACAACCACUUAAAUCACUUAAACAACAACUACGAUUCCUACAGCUCCAGGUGAACCUACUACAAAAGGACCUGAAAUCUAAAACCCUGUUGUCGAUAACCCUAAAAAUGUAUAAGUUUCAGAAAGCUCAAGUAAUGGUAUGAUCAUUGGCAUUGGUGUGGCUGUACCUGUUGUUGCAUUGAUUAUUACAGCUGGAGUUCUCAUCUGGUGGUGCAAACAUAAAAAUUUAAAACGAAAGGUAGUUACUAUUGAUGAGUAUGACGAUAAAUCUUCUAAUUAAAAGUAGUCAAUGCUUCAAAGUGAAAUUAAUGUUAGUGCUGAGAAUGACAAGUCGUAGGGGCCAGGCAGUCCUAAUUUGAAUGAUGAAAAAUCUUAAAAAGAAGACUCCAGAUAGCCACCUUUAAAAAGCUAGGAUACCCAUUUUGAAACAGAUUUGAACAAAGCUCAAGCCUAAGCUCUUUUAUAAAACCAAAACUAGAAUAACAUUUAUCACUAAACAAGGGCAGAUCUAUCAUAGAUAUCAAACAACAAUGGCUAACCAUCUCCUCCUUAAUCCCUUAAUCCCUAUCCAUAACUUCAAAAUUACAACUAAUAUGCGUAGAAUUUACCUCCAUAGCCUAUUCAAUAAUAGCCAGAUCCUAAUAAUAGAUACAAUGGACUACUCCCAGACAUAAACUAGUAUAAUCAACAAAUGCAGUAGUAUAUCUAAGCAAUGCAAUAGAUGUAACUCCCAGGCAUAGGAUAACCUAAUGUCAGCAAUUUCAAUGGACUUCCUGCAUAUGGCUAGCCAGUUCUAUAUAAUAAUAGCAAUUUACCUCCUGUAAACUAAUAAUAGUAGCAAGUACAAUAGCAAUAGAAAAUGCCACUGAAUUACGAGUAUGUAGAUGAUCCUCAAAAUAGAUUAUACUUUAAUGCGGAAAUGAACUUCAACUAGGCAUAGCAAGAGCAUAGAGAUGCUUCUAAUGCCUCCUAAAUUGGCCUGACAUCAAAUUUCCCGAAUCCAGAUGAUAUUGAAGAAAUUUAAGCAUACAACAGUAAUGACUUUAAUAAUGGUUAGAGAGGGAAAGCUGAAGGUGAAAAAAUAGCUAAGAACAACUUCCUUGCCUCUGAAGAAGAAAAGUUUUAAAAACCAAAGAAAAAGAAGACAGAUGUAGAGCUAAUAGAUCAGAAUAGACCCUAAACUUAGGAACAAAAAAUAAAUUAAAAUAACAGAGAUAUAGUUGAAGCCUCACAGUAAAUGCUAUUUACUGGCAUGCCUUAGCCGAAAAACAAUCUUUUAGGCGAUUAAGAAAUUAGAUUUAGUCCACCUAAGUUCAAUAAUUUAUAAUCUGAAGAAAAUCCUGAUUUAACUGCGGAGCAAGCUGAAGUUAUUCAAAAUACUGUAGCCAAAAAGAAGAAAAAGAAGAAGAAGAAGGGAGCCAAUAAAACUAUUGUCGAUCCUAGCAAUAAGCUUUCAGAUUUACCGGAGAUGUAGCAAAGAAGAGGAAAUCUAGUAGAUGGCUUACCCAAUACAACUUCCUAAGAUAGAUUGGAGGAUCCAUCAGAAGAUGAAGCUCAAUUUAUUUGA